AUGAUCACAGGCACAAUUCGGUAUCGAGGUGAUCGUGUUGGUGGUUACGGUUGUUCUGGUUGUUCUUGUCGUUGUUGUUGUGAUGGCGGUGAUCGUGUUGGUGGUGAUAGUGGUGGUGGUGAUGGUAGUGGUGGUGGUGGUGGUGGUGGUGGUGACGGUCAAGCCAAUCGAGUCCCAAGCCAUUGUAGCCUGAACACCAUUAUUUCAGUUUGA